AUGGGCGCUGAAUACAGCAAUCAAAGAAAAACUGCUGUCGGCCGACAUCUGAUCUAUGAAGCUUACGGUAGACAAGCAAAGGGUCGAUCUAGUGAACGUUGUUGGAAAUGUGGCGGUCAUGGAAGACUUUAUGUGCAGUCUGAAUGUAGUGCGUGCCGUUGUGGAGAACGAACAACCUGGUCGAAUUAUUCACCAAACUGUUCAUGUAAUGGCUAUGGCCGACAAACAUCAACGGAAAUCUGUGAUGAUUGUCACGGUCGUGGCUAUCAAUAA